UCACUUAAAUAUAACGCGGGACAGAGAAAGAUCCGUUGAACCGAACAACGUCAGACGCAAGUCGGGGGUAAAUAAUGUUUACCUAGAUGAAAACUGUGAGAUCUUCUUUCAUCUCCAUUUUAUGAGGAUUUUCGCCUAUUUACAGAAAGCACAGCCGAACAGGGUUACCGUUUGAGUGUUAAUAACGUUUGUUAGCUGACCGGCUAACCAGCGGCUAGGUGUCUAAAUGGAUCCAACGGAGAACUUGUCUGCUCGGGUCCUGCUGCACAAUAUCCUCAGCAUCGAGUCACCCAAGACUCCUAUCACCAGCAGUGUCUCUCGGAGAGCGAGUAGCAGUGGGACCCGACAGAGUGCCAGACUGAGAAAGAAAAAUGCAGGUCCCCAAACCCCACAGGACAUCCUUAGACGCAGCCUGAAACACAAAAUACAUGAGAGUAUAACCAGAAAGUCCCUGCCUGCUACUAGAAGGAGGACUACCUCAGUUGUACUCAGAAAGACAAACACUCCUGCUCCAGCCUCAAUGCUGUUUGAUAAUGCAGACACUCCAAGGCACAUACUCAUGAACAUCCUGCAGACAGAGCCUGUGCAUUCCCCCGUGGUUCAUGAGGAAGGGGCGUUUGAAGAACCGGCGCCUCCUUCAGCCAAAUCCAGUGUUUCCAGCACACAUUCGAGUAUUGAGCUGUCAGGGUUGGAUCUGCCUGAUAUUACUAUUGGCAAUAUACCAAGCACUGCAAAAGGACUGAGCCGAAAGAGACCACGUAGGAGCCUCAAUGUAACAGCUUUUGAAAAACGACUAAAAGAUGGCAAUGAUGCUGAAGAGGUAACUGAAGAAUCGAUAGACAACCCUUCAUUACUGUCUUUGUCAAGUUCCUCUUCCUUGAGUCUAAAAACGCCCUUCGUUGGUGGUCAGAUGGAGAAAACGGGCCUCCAGAGAAGAGUUUCAAACCAUCGGAGAAUCACAGUGGAAGAAUUUGGCGCUGCUGUAAAAAGACUGCAGAUGAGAGCUAUGAGCAGCACUGCAGUGGUACAGCGGGAUCUUGGUGAGACCGCCCUCUCUGAAGGCUUCACCUUGGGCCUAAGCAAACUCAGUGAGCCUGAUAUCACAACUGAUAUCGUCAACUGUAACACAGCUCUCUACGACCAGCCUGAUGCCAUUACCUCCAACUUCUCCAUUGUUGCAACUCAGGAUAAACCUACAGUUAUGGCGUCUCAGCUUCAAAGACAGAUGGAGCAGGAAGAGCACGUGGAAGUGGAGCAGAGCAACCUGGGAAAAACUAUUUAUGUGUUUCCAAGUGAAGAAGAGGGUGGGGAUGAAGUUCAAAGUGACAAAUGUGGUUCUGAGUCUCAGUCAGUGGAAGAUGUUUAUGGAGCUGUUGUUCAAGAUCCUGCAGUUGUGUUGAAAUCUGUGGAAGAAGAUGUGGCUGAAUCUCAGACUAAUGUAACAGAUGAUGUGACUGAGUCUGAAGAAGAGGCAAACAGAGUGGAAGCUCAAACCAAACAGGAAGGUUCCACUGAUUCCCAUCUAGAAGAUGAUGUUGAAGCCCGUUCUAACUCUGAGAAAGCUGAGGUUGCACCAGACUCUCAAACUGAAGAAGAAGAGGACGAAAACGCAACUGAAGCUCAAACUGAAGAUGAAAGUGCAGUUGAUUCCCAACCUGAAGAGGAUGCUGAAGCUGGUUCCUCACAGGCUGGGGACGAUGAGGAAGCACCAGACUCUCAAACCGAAAAAGAAGAAGAGGAGGAAGAGGAGGAAAAUGCAGCUGAAGCUCAAACUGAAGACGAAAGUGCAUUUGAUUCCCAAACUGUAGAGGAUGUUGAAGCUGGUUCCUCACAGGCUGGGGAGGAUGAGGAAGCACCAGACUCUCAAACUGAAAAAAAAGAGGAGGAGGAGGAGGAGGAGGAGGAAGAUGGUGAAGCUCAAUCUCAAAUUGAAGAAGGUGGAGCGCUUUCUCAGUUUGAAGGAGAUGUUGAAGUGGAGUCCCAAUCUUACAGAGAUGAGGAUGAGGCUGAGUCUCAGAACAACAAUGAUGACGAUGGGAAACAGGAGGAGGAAGAGCAGACAUCCGAACAGCUGAAAGGUGCCUUGGAACACAUCAUUCGAAGGACGUGUCGCUCGGAGGGUGCACUCACUGUUCCUGUUAGAAAGGCAGGGGAGGAUUUGGCCAACAACACUGUGGCAGGGUGGUCUGAUGCCAGGUUCAAAGCACACAGUGCUCUUGAUUUACACAGCGGCUUAGCAAUGGGCAGCUAUAAGGGCAGUCAGCCUCAUGCUGGGGAGCCUGACUUGACUGAUUCCUCACCUGAAGGACAGACAGAUGCUUCUUGUACAGAGAACGAACCUGAUGCUAAUAAAGAGAACUCCUUCGAUCUUCUGGAGGUGGAGCAGGAUACUGAAGACAGCGUGCACCUGAGGGAUGCUUCCCCCGAACAACCUCCUGCUGAGGAGGCUUCUGAAGAGGAGGAAGACGACUGUGAUGAUGAAGAGGAUGAUGAAGAAGGAGAAGAGUUUCCCUGUAAAACUCCUGCAUUUGUUCGAGAGAAGAGGAACUUUUUGCAGCCUGAGCCUUCGGCCUCACCAUCAGUUUUUAAAAAUAUCCAAGCCAGUAGGACAAGUGAAGCUUUGACUCCAGCUAAACCUAAGCAGGUGAAACAGAGGAAGAAGGGUCCCGCUAAGAAAACAGCAGGCCUUCCUAAGAGCUACCUGAUGGCUGUCUUCAAGCACUUUGCCAAAACAAAGGUCUCUGCGGAUGUUUACCCUGUCCUAAGUGAGACAACGAAUAAAUUCUUUGACCGGCUGGUGGAAGACUUGGAGACGUAUGCUGCCCAUGCAAAGAGAAAAACCAUAGAGGUUGAGGAUUGUAUACUUCUGCUGAAAAGGCAGGGUUACGUGAACAACAAGGUGCCGGUAGAGGUGCUCAUUGAAAAAUAUCUCAGCAUGCAGCAGAGAAAGCUUCUAAUCCCCAUUGCAACCAGCGGAAAUGUUGUUAUCCCUAAAAUGCGGAGGUGAACAAGCAGCUGCAUUCUGUCUGUCUUAUUGUCUGUAUUAUACUGUGUAAGGAUGAAUGAGUACACGUCUAUAUUUAUGCUCUGUCAGACUCCUCACAAUUCCAGCAGAAAUUUGAUCCCUAAAAUGCAGGAGGAACUUUUUAUGACUGGCUACAUUUAAUGUUAUCUGAUUAUAUUUCUGACUGCUAAAUAUUACACUUUUUGUCUUAUCUGUAUAUGUGUACAUAAUAAUAAAGCUUCAGUUUGUGGACA